GUUGCAGACUAUACAGCAGAGAUCACGAGACUCACGACUGAAGCUGAAGUAGUGAAAGAGGUAUUGUGGAGUCAGAAAGUAAAAUUCGAUGUCUAAUUUUAAGUUAUGAAAUGAAAUAAUAUUGACACAUAAGUGAAUACUUAAUGUUAAUCGAGCAGUGCUUCGAAAAUUUGUGAGAAUCGACGAAUAAAGCUUGGCAGACGUGAAGAUGGUUGAGCAACUGAAGAGAUAUUUGUGGAGUCUUUUGCAAAUGGUUGAAGGGCUAGAAGCCAUAGUAAUUACAGAUAGAGAUGGUGUCCCUGUUAUUAAAGUGAAAUCUGAUACCACUCCAGAACAUGCAAUGAGACCAGCCUUCCUUGCCACAUUCGCCAUGGCUGCUGACCAGGCCAGUAAACUAGGGCUUUCUGCCAACAAGAGUAUUAUAUGCACAUACUCAUCACAUCAGGUUGUUCAUUUUAAUAAGCAGCCCCUCUUUGUCAGUUUGAUUGCCACAAGAAAAGCUAAUACAGGGCUAUUAAUGGAUUUGGAGUCGGAACUUGAGGGUUUGCUACCAGAGCUAAAGGCUGCCAUUGACGUAUAGGCUCUAGUUAUUAUUUGUAAUAAAUAUUGUAGUGUUCAACUUUACUGGGUGUAUCACAUAGAAAAGGAAACCCAGUACCUUUUCCGAAAAAUUUACAUUUCACUGAUAUCUUAAUAAGUGAUAUAGGACACUCAUCACCAAACACAAAUGUUGUUAAUAUUGUUCUCUUGCGAAGUGAACAUGUAUACCUACUAUUUUAAACAAUGCAUCAAGUUAUUCUUGGUCAUAGAAACCUUAUUUCAGUUUCAUUUUAUUGAUACACCCUGUAUAUUUACAUGGAUAUGAGAAAGUUUCACACUUUUUUCAUAUGCGUGUUGUUUUGUAGGCAUUGAUGUGGGCCCAUAUAAUGUUAAUUGUGUCACAGAGUACUUUUCCCGAGCUUUUUGAUAUCGAGUAUGUUUUUAUGAUUAUUUUGGUGUUUAAUUCAGCUGGACUACAAGGAGAUUACUAUGGCUAAGAACUUGUCAGCUCCAGUACUUAUAUUUAUUUAGAUUUCAGGCAAAGCACUUUUUGACAAUUGCAUGCAUUGGGGUGACCGCACAAGACUUUAAUGGAUUUUCUGGUAUUUUUGCAACUUUUCGUCAGGGUGAAUUUUCCAUUUAAAGAUCUUUAUCAGACUCAUGCUUAUGUUUACUAAGGCCGCGUCAAAAUGCAGUUCAAAGCAAAUGUUUAUACCUAUUUUGACAACCACAUAUAGACCCAAGGCCAAGGGGAAAAAAAAAACCUUCCCAAAAAAUUGCUGAAAGUUCACAUCUUUAUAUUCAUGAAAUGGCAAUCUAAUUUUCAUAUUUCCUUGAAAUUAUUUUGAUUUAAUUGGAAAUUUACUGAAAAAAUGAAGAAUAUUCACCUCUUUCAAAGAUUUCAGUGAGAAAUGUUGCAAUACCAUGAAGGUCUACAUGUGGGACUACAAUAAUUACAAAUUAGCGUAACAUCAUAAAACAUUUUAGAGUCAAGAGAAAAUGAAUAUUAUUCUUUUUCUUGAUAGUUUUCAACUUCAUCAAAACAAUUUCUAGGGAAUAUGGAUUUAAAGAUGCAAAAUAUGAAAAUUUUGCAAAUUUUGAACAUCUCAAGCCUAACAUUUACGUUAUGUUGACUGAAACAAUUUUACUGGCUCCAUCUUCCUACAGUAUACAAGUAAUGCAUACAGCAGUGAACAUGAGGGUAGUAUGUUUAGCAAGAUUGAUUUUUCAUUUCAUUGUGAAUACUUGAGUUUCGAAUUUGUAUUUUAUUUCAAAUCCCUGCUUUUAACAUCUGCCUAUUAUAACAUCACAAGCAUAGCCGUAUGAUUCUAGUUUUUUUUUAUGAAGCUGAUAAAAAAUACUUCUAGUCAUAACCUUUGAGGGAUGUAAAAUCUUAUACAACUCUAAAUAUUGAAUUUUGAGCAUAGGGUAUGUAUAGAGAUCUAGAUGUUAAAGGUCAAGUCCACCCCAGGAAAAUGCUGACUUGAAUAAAUAAAGAAAAAUCAAACUAGCAUAGUGCUGAAAAUUUCAUCAAAAUCGGAUGUAAAAUAAGAAAGUUAUGACAUUUUAAAGUUUCGCUUAAUUUCACAAAACAGUUAUAUGCACAUCCUGGCUGGUAUGCAAAUGAGGAGACUAUGAUGUCAUCCACUCACUAUUUCUUUUGUAUUUUAUUAUAAAUAUUCUAAUUUUCUCAUUGUCAAGUGAUACAACGAUUAAUCCCUCCUUGAACAUGUGGAAUUAGCAUUGUUUAAUACUAUAUGGUUCAGUCAAGUUGGUCCUUAUUGUCAAAUUUAUAAAAAAUGAUUUUCAUUUAUAGAUUUGUCAAUAAGGACCAACUUGACUGAACCAUAACAAUGCUAAUUCCACAUUGAUUGAUGAAAUUUUCAGUGUUAUGCUUGUUGGAUUUUUCUCUUUUUGUUAAGGUGGACUUGUCCUUAAAAAAUACAUUAAAAUGGAUGUAAAUUUAUGUAUAUUUCAUUUUUUGUAAAAAAGAAAUUAUGAAUAAAUGAUAUAUUUACCUGUA